CCGGCCAGUGGAUGGCACUGUGCACCCGAUUUGUAUCACUUUACAAACACCUUCCCAAUAGGUCGCUCUCUGAUGACUCGUUUUGUUUCUCUUUGCUAAAUUCCUCCGGCGUGCUAAUCGUAUUGCUGUGGGAAAUCUGUGAUCUUCAGGGACGAAAGUGAGCAAAAGAAAGAAAAGAAAAAGAGAGAGAGAGAAAAGGCAGUGAAGAGAAGUAUCGGUAACAAAGAGCCUCAUCCCCAGAUUACCAGGCCCAUGCAGUGAAGUGUCUAACAGCCUCCAGGCAGGCCAUUAAAAAAGUGCAUCUUGGGGGAGAGAAGAGGUCUACAAAAAUGAUGGCCUCGGAUAACGGCACGAAUCAAAGAAUGACACCCAUUAAACAAGAGGACAGCGACUGGGGCUCGCCAGAUGAUUUGUGUUCGAAGGGGGAGACUUGUGAAGGAAAGAUUUCCAUUUUUAAGGAUGAGGAGUGCCACGCGGAGACGGGUGAAAUGAAAGCUGAGGAUUCUGGAAGUUUCUCAGGGAGUCUUGAACUGCAGCCCCUCGAAACGGGAAGUGAUGUCAAGCAAGAGUUUUUUGUAGGCUCGCAAUCCAUUUUACAGCAUUGGGUUACUAAUACGGGACAACUGGCCGCUACCCAGCAGAAUUCAGUGGACCCGAAAUCGGAGUUUUCUAAGUUGGAGGAGAAAGCCAAUGAAGGACGUGGGAGAGAAGAAGAGCAGAAGCCACCUGGGAGUGUUGGAAUAAAUUUCCAGGAGACCAGCAGCUUCUCCCCAUCUUCAUUUGGUCAGACAACACAUCAUUGCAGCCUGCAACAGAAACACGAGCAGGAGAUGAAGAAAUCAUCAAGAGGAUCCGAGAAUUUGAUAGCAGCCUCUUUACCGUGCAGUUCUCUUCCUGCUGCCAAACUGACACAGACAGAAGCCAUCGACAGUGACCAGCAAGCAGUACAUAAUGCACACCAACAAGCCCUGCAUACCAACGAGAAGAAUAGAAAAACAUUUGCAAACAACUCUGACUCUGAUAAAUCGAUUCAUACAGUUCAAAAGCCACAUGUCUGCUCUGAAUGUGGCAAAGUAUUUUCACACAGAAACAGUCUACACAGACAUAAAAAAAUUCACUCUGGAGAAAAGCCCCACUGCUGCCCAGAGUGUGGCAAACGAUUCCCUCGAAACAGCGCUCUUCAGCGGCACACACGCGUUCAUACUGGAGAGAAGCCAUUUGGCUGUGCCGAAUGUGGCAAAAGAUUUUCAGAUAACAGCAGCCUUCAAAAUCAUACAAAAAUUCACACUGGAGAAAAACCUUAUUGCUGUCCUGAAUGUGGUAAAGAAUUCUCAGUUUUAAAUACUUUUCAUAUCCACUUGAGAAUUCACAGCGGAGAGAAGCCUUAUUGUUGCAGUGAAUGUGGCAAACGGUUCAUACGAGGAAGCGGCCUACGGAGCCACAUCAGAAUUCACACUGGAGUGAAACCUCACUGUUGUUCAGAAUGUGGCAAACGAUUCUCUCAUGGUAGCACACUUCUGAGGCAUAUACGCAUUCACACUAGAGAAAAGCCACAUGUCUGUCCUCAGUGCGGUAAAGGAUUCACUGACAGUCGCAAUCUUCAGAGGCACACACAAAUUCACACUGGAGAAAAGCCGUAUGUCUGUUCUGAAUGUGGUAAAGGAUUCCCUGACAGCCGCAAUCUCCGGCAGCAUGCACGAAUUCACACUACGGCAAAGCCAUACUGCUGUUCUGAAUGUGGUAAAGGAUUCUCAGUUUUAAGUACUUUUCAUAUCCACUUGAGAAUUCAUAGUGGAGAGAAGCCUUAUGGUUGCAAUGAAUGUGGCAAACGAUUCAUACGAGAAAGUGGCCUACAGAGUCACAUCAGAAUUCACACUGGAGAGAAACCUCACUGUUGUUCAGAGUGCGGCAAACGAUUCUCUCAUGCUAGCACACUUCAGAGGCACACACGCAUUCACACUGGCGAAAAGCCCUAUGUGUGUUCUGAAUGUGGUAAACGAUUCAAUGACAUUGGCAAUCUUCGGCAACACACUCGAAUUCACACUACGGCAAAGCCGUAUUGCUGUUCUGUAUGCAGUAAACGAUUCACUAAUAGUAGUGCUCUUCAGAGCCACACACGGUUUCACACUAGAGAGAAAAAAAAACAUAUAGCUGUUUUUAAGGAAGCCUUGGUCAACUUAGGAGCAGGGUCACUGUGCCAGAGCGUCUCUCCAGACAAUCCGAUCUUCAACUCAGUAGUCACAGAGCUCGUCAUCCAAGUCAAGCCCAACGUCACAGACUGCACUGACCGUCCAGGAUCCAUUCUGAUAUUUGGCAACUUAAUAGACAAGCAGUUUGACACGAUGGGAAAAAAUGAGCUCUACCAGGUCAGAAAAGGAGCCGCCUCCUCGGUUUACAUGGCCGUGCAGUUGAGAGCAGACAGUUGGGCAGGAGAGAAGAGUUUUCCACCAGGCAUGGCCUCAGCCGAAGAAACUGACUGGGGUAAAAGACUGGCACACAUUAAAAAAGAGGACUGCGAGUGGGCUGCGCCCGACAAUUUGUGCGUGAAGCUGGAGGAUUUCGAAGGAACCAUUUCAGUUUGUAAAAAGGAGAAGACUAUUGACAUUAAAGCCGAGGAUUCAGAAGAUUUCUCUGCGGGCCCUGAACUGCAAAACCACGAACCGGAGCAGGUUUUCAAACAAGAGGCCUGUGAAGAGUUUCACUCCAGCGUACAGCAUUGGGUUGUUACUCACACGGGGCAACUGGCCUCCCGGCAGAAUUCAAUGAAACUGAAAUCUGAGUUUGAGGAGAAAGUCAAAAGGGGAAACAGGAGGGAAGCAGAUGAGUCAUCUGGGAGCGUGGGAACAGACAUCCUAGAAAAUGGCAGCUUCUCGACGUCUUCAUCUGCUCAGUCAUUUCUUCAUUGCACAAUGCAGGAGAAACAGGAUAAUGGGAAGAUGAAGAAACCAACAAGAGGAUUAGAGAAUAUGACUGUGGCAUCUUUGCAGUAUGGUACUUACCUUGCUGGCAAACUAGCAGAAACGGGAGUCGUCGGUACUGACGGACAACAGGUAUAUCAUACAAAUCAGGAGUUUUUACAUCCCAUCCAAGGUUGUGGAGAAACAUUUGAUAACCAAUCUGACUGUAAAGAUCAUGAGCUGGUCCACAGAGCACUAAGUCCAUAUUCUUGUUCUGAAUUUGUAAAACGAUUCCUCCAUAACAGCAGUUUUCAGGCACAAAUAAGUAUUCAUACCGGGGAAAAAACUCAUUGCUGUUCUGAAUGUGGCAAACGAUUUUCUGACAGUUACAACCUCCAAAGGCACACAAGAAUUCAUACUGGAGAAAAGCCCUAUGGCUGUGUUGAAUGUGGAAAACGAUUCACUGUCAGUAGCCAACUUCUGUGCCACACAAGGAUUCAUACUGGAGAGAGGCCCUAUGGCUGUUCUGAAUGUGGUAAAAGAUUUUACUACAGUAGCCAUCUUCAGAACCACAUCAGAAUUCAUACUGGGGAGAAGCCUUAUUGCUGCUCUGAAUGUGGCAAAAGAUUUUCUGAAUUUUCCAGUCUCCAUAGACAUGCAAGAAUCCAUACUGGAGAAAAACCAUUUUGCUGUUCGGAGUGUGGCAAACGAUUCUCCCGCAACAGCAGACUUCAGAACCACUUAAGAAUUCACACAGGAGAGAAACCCUAUGUUUGCCCUGAAUGUGGCAAACAGUUCAGCAACAGUGGCAGUCUUCAUUCUCACAAAAGAACUCAUGCUGGAGAGAAGCCAUAUGUCUGUCCCGAAUGUGGCAAGAAUUUCAGUCACAGUAGCUCCCUUCAGAGGCACACACAAAUUCAUACUGGAGAGAAGCCCUUCAAUUGUUCUAAAUGUGAUAAACGAUUCUCUCAAAGCAGUGCUCUUCAGAGGCACGUACAGAUCCACACAGGAGAGAAGCCAUAUAGCUGCUUGGAAUGCGGUAAAAGAUUCUAUCACAGUAGCUCUCUUCAGAGGCACACACAGAUUCAUGCUUGAGAGAGAGGCCACGAUGCUGUUCACAAUGUGGCAAACGCUUCUCCCAUAACAGCAGUGUACAGAAUCGCAUAAGAAGUCACGCCAUUAAGCAGUUGUGAAUGUGAGAGGAGGGUUUCCCAUGACAACAGAUUUCAUAAUCAUUAAAAAUUCACACUGAAGAGAAAUCUUACUGUUGUUGUAAAUAUAGUAACCUUAAAAAGAAAUAACUAAGAAAGUGCAUGUUGCCGGUGUUAGGCUGUAGUAGAAUAGUGUUGGAGUGAUACUGAAAAGUUGGCUUCAAUACCAAUAGCAAAACAGUACCAAAGCAAAUAAGAGAGAACUUGGAAUUUUUCACAAAGUACAAAUUUAACUUGUCCUUCCAAAGGAAAUAGUACAGACAGUGUUCAGUGUUGUACAUAACAGAACAGCGAUGUGUUUAAGUUAUUUUAAACCGGGAUUAGAAAUGUUGCAUUCAGUCAAAACGGAAAGCUCAGAAGAACCUAAUUUUUCACUGGAUGUAACAAACUGGAAAACAAAAAAAAAAAAGAAAUAAUAGUAUAUAUAUAUAUAAUAUCCAGAAUUUUGUCACUGGGAGUAACGGCACCUAAUUGAUUAUCAAAGAUGGGGUUAAACCACGAUCACCCACACAAAAAUGUUUUAGCUGCUGCUCGACUGUGCAACCAGCAAGGCGGAGGGAUGCACUGAUUUAAUCGCCGGUGAUCAAUUCUGUAUAUGGUGCCAUGUUGUGAGGGGUACAAAAACGGCAAGGGAUGCGCUUCCUCUCCCUGCAACUCGGAUCUGUGUCGAGUGUGCCUUAAAUACAAGGGGGAGUCAAGCUAAAGUUAGAAAAUGGGAUUGAUUAGAAAGUGGAAUGACCCUUCACAAAACUGAUGCUGUCAUUCAUUUCUCAAUGUCAUCUCCACCCUUCUCGAUGCACUUGCACUACCUGCCUGGCAGUACCAGCAGAAUAACAGGUUUUGUUUCGUCCUCGCCACCACAAGUGCAACCGAGUUAUUGUUGAACACUACAUGCUGAGGGGUCCUACUGUCACUAGUGCCAAGUUACUGUGACUUGCUGGAGACCAAUGCGAAGCCUGCUAUUCGAUCCAAGUGGUGGGGACUGCUGUCUCAAGGGGUCCUUUUAGGUUCUGCAAGAUAAUGCCCACCCACACACUGCUAAGAACACCAAGGCCUGUCUGGAAAAACUGAAGUUUGAGGUAUUGCCACAUCCUCCUUAUUUGGCACCGUGUGAUUUCCACGUUUUUGGACCACCCAGAAAAACCAUCUUGGUGGGCGUCGUCGGAUCAAGACAGAUGAUGACGUGAAGAAAGCAGUGCACGAGUGACUGGCAAGGACAAAGCCUUUAAUUCUGCAGGUACUUCCAGGCAGGUGGUGCAAGUGCAUUGUCAAGGAUGGAGACGACAUUGAGAAACUACAUGAUGAGUUCUGUGAAGGUUCGUUCCAUUUUCUGAUCAACCCCAUUUUCUAACUUUAGCUUGACUCCCACCUCGUACUUUCUGUCACCAUUGAGCACAAAUUGAAAUGUAAUGAUUUUGGAGGACAUCGUUUUUAUUUGUCUGAGCUUCUGUAAAGUUUGAAAUUCCCUUUCGGUAUCCUAUCCAUCUAUCCAUCCAUCCAUCCAUCCAUCCAUC